UAUUUACUACAUACGGUCGUGUCUCUCCAGUGACGGUUCUGAGUUAUAAUUUCUGUGAGAUUUGACCGUUUUUCUUUAAGCGAAUUAGGCAAUUAUUAUGUGGCUUCGAUCGUGCCGGUAGUGGUGCAGUCGAUCGAAUCUUUCAUUCGAAGGAACUUUAAACGGGCUCUGAUCGCAGAGGCGGCUGACAGGCGGUAAACGCGACUUCUUUCACCGGUCAGUGGUCCGUUCCUGUCGAAAAAGAACAUCGGUAGGAGAAUGACUGUGAUUUGAUUACGAAAAGCGCCCGAAGAAAGAAUAGUGAAAGUUUGGAACUCGGCCAAUCAGUUUUGAAAUGACUUUUGAUACUAGAGCCACGAAUUCGAGUGUUCCCGUCAAAAAUAAAAAUGCGGGGAAACGGGCCUCUGCAGUGAUUACAAAUUGCACUUCAAAUUUGAUAGUCCCUGAGGUAAGGGUGUAUAAAAGAAGAUGGCUGAUGCUCUUCAUCUUCAUCAUUUAUACCAUCGCAUGCAUCGGUCAGUGGCUGCAGUACAGUAUCAUCAACAACAUAAUUUCAAGAUACUAUGGCGUUUCGAACCUGGCUGUAGACUGGACUUCUAUGGUGUUUCUGGUGGUCUUCAUACCAAUGGUAUUUCCAGCGAGCUAUCUGAUAGAUAAACUGGGUUUGCGUUGGACCGCUAUUGUAGGAGGUGUGAUUGUCACUUUAGGCAGCUGGAUUAAAGUAUUUUCAGCUUCCCCUGACAGAUUCUAUGUGACUUUCAUUGGUCAAACCGUGGUCUCUAGUGCCCAGGUGUUCGUAAUGAGCGUGCCGGGUCGUCUUGCCGCCAACUGGUUUGGAGCCAGCGAAGUCUCAACGGCAACAGCCAUAGGCCUUUUUGGGUGUCAACUUGCGAUUGCCACUAAUUUUUUACUGCCACCAAAUAUAGUGAAAAAUAGUGAUAACCUUGACGAUAUUGGAAGUGAUCUUUCAGUGCUUUAUUUGUUCAACGGUAUCUUCUCCACAGCAGCUACCAUCGCUGUGAUCAUUUUCUUCCAUUCGGAUCCUCCACUACCCCCGAGCGAAACUCGAAGGCUUCAGAAACUUCACGAUUCAGAAAGCUCAGAAGGAUUUUUGGUGUUGACAAAAAAUCUUUUGACAAAUCGAAACUAUAUUGCAUUAUGGCACGCUUUUGGUGUUAUCAUCGGUAUCUUCAACGCACUUGGUACAUUGCUGAAUCAAAUGUACCUGUUACACUUCGAGAAUAGCGAAGUAGAACUUGGACAUAUUGGCGUGGCAAUGACAGUCGUAGGAAUGAUUGGAGCGAUUGUCGCGGGAGUCGUACUCGAUAAAACACACAAGUUUAAACUCGCGAUAAGUCUGGUAGGCGCACUUUCGUGGAUGGGGCAUGUACUCCUAGGUAUUGGCUUGGUAGUAGAAUACAAAUGGAUGAUAUGGCUCGGGGCCAUUAUAUUCGGGUUUUUCAAUGGAGGCUACAGUACUAUCGGCUUUGAAGUUUGUGCAGAGUUUACGUACCCGGCACCGGAAGGUGUGACCACAGCUUAUCUCACCGUUGCGCAUCAAUUGUACGGCGUGAUUAUGAUACUGAUAUUUGGAAAGGUGCUAGAGUUCCAUGGCGACGUCUGGACACACGUAGGAUUAGGACUAAUUGGAAUGACAGGUGUACUCGCCAACAUAUUUACCAAAGAUAUACAGAGGCGACAGAAUGCAAAAGAUAACGCACACUGCGCAGAAAUUGCGAUGAAAGAUUCGACUCCGAAAAAUUCGGGCCGAACUACUCCCAGUUGAAUUUGGAUUCCUCUAUGCUAGGCGUCUAAUUUAAACCGAAUAUGUUAUAGUUGAUAAGUACAGUAGGCGUACAGUAUUUAGCUUCGGUUAGGGUUUAGUUUAUAGUUCUAAUUGAAUACGAACUAAAUAUACGCCUUAGCCCGUCAUAUGCGCUUUUCGAAUUUGUGCAUUAUAAAUCAAUCCUUUUAUCAGGGCGUAACCGCCUUCAUCUUGACAUGGAAUUUUAUGAAUCAAUAAAACACCCAUCCGUCUUAAUUUUUCCCCGACCGCACUCACUAAAGUACAAAAAGUACAACAAAUUCAGAACACUUUGCAUAAAUUAAAAUCUUAAUUUUUAUUUCAAAAAAUACAAGUAAGCUUAAGAAUAAAUUUCGUUGAGGAUUUCUCCCAUUUGA